GCCGCAACGCCCGCGACGGCCUCGUCACGACGAUGUGUUCGCUUACACGUGCGAGGAUACGAUAACUUCGCCGUUCGGUCGUCAUUAUGCGUGAACGUAACGAAUAACAACGGACGCGCUUAAUCGCCGGACUGUCUGCCCUGCCAAAAAGCGCUCGGCUCUUAACCUAACUUAACCUAACACGAGCGGAAAACACUUCCGAGGAGGAAAGAGUUCGUUCGGGGCGACAGCGGCGAGAAAGCGGCGCGAGUAAAAAUGUGAUUACUUCAUCGGCUACACGUAAUGCCACCGUAACAGCCUCGCGCUUCCGCGAGUGGAGAGGCCCCACGCGCGCGAUGGAUAAUUAUUCCGUGCGCAUUAAUUAUCCGCAAACCGCCGGUCGUGGCGAUCCGGAGGAUACAUCCGCGGCACACGAUGCCCAGCCGAAGUCGCAGUACGUGGAUCACGCUAAGCGAACGCGCGAAGACGUGAUCGUCCUGACAAGCGACACUAAGGGCGGCUUGCUCAAUCCCAGGGCCCUGCUCUUUCUCACCCUGUGGUAUGUCUUCAGUGGAUGCACCCUGUUCCUAAACAAAUAUAUAUUAUCUUAUAUGGAGGGUAAUCCUACCAUCCUAGGUGCUUGCCAGAUGUUAAUGACUGCGAUCUGUGGAUUAAUACAAAUGUACUUUCCAUGCGGUAUGUACAAGGCGAGUCCAAGAUUAAUGAGACCUCCUGGAUUUUACAAACACAUGACACUGGUGGGGUGCACAAGAUUCGCGACAGUAGUCCUAGGUUUAGUGUCGUUAAAUUAUGUAGCUGUAAGUUUCACAGAAACCAUAAAGAGUAGCGCACCACUUUUCACCGUCCUCAUCAGCAGGUAUUUAUUAGGGGAACAUACAGGAUUAUAUGUAAAUUUAUCUUUGAUACCUGUAAUGGGUGGACUAGCCCUGUGUUCCAUCAAUGAAAUCAGUUUUGAUCUCAGAGGUUUCAUCGCUGCUAUGGCUACAAACAUGACUGAGUGUUUGCAAAAUGUCUACUCGAAAAUGUUGAUCAGUGGUGACAACUUUAAGUACACACCGGCAGAGUUGCAAUUUUAUACCAGUUUAGCGUCAAUUGUGGUACAAAUACCCGUGUCGGUACUGUUGGUCGACCUACCAACGCUGGAACAUUCCCUGAGCUUUAAGUUAUUCGCGGCAUUCCUUCUCAAUGGGGUGUUCUUCCAUUUUCAGAGUAUCACCGCUUACGUACUUAUGGACUAUAUCAGUCCCGUGACACACAGCGUCGCGAAUACUGCAAAGAGAGCUUUCCUGAUAUGGCUCUCCGUCUUGUUGUUUAACAACCCAGUGACGGGAUUGUCAGCGCUCGGCACUUCGGCGGUGAUAGCGGGCGUGUUGUUGUACAAUCGGGCUCAAGAAUACGACAGGAUAAGCAGAACGAAGUUACGACAUUCGUCGAAGAUUAAUCUGCAGUAGGACAAUUUUUUGAGAGACCGACUAGAACAUCUACGUGUAUAUCUUCGUGCCUUGGAAGAAAAGAAGCCGACACGCGAGAUGUAGAAUUUACUCUUUCGUAUCAUCUACCGCAUAUUCUUUUGUGGACGUUUUAUAUUCGUCGAGAUUCAUGAAACGGCAUUAAGUACUGUCUGAAAUCAAGUUUGCAACUAAACGCAUGGAUAUUUCGGGUAUCGGCUUUUCUCUUCAAGGUGCAGCAUACAAACAAGAAGAGAGACGUGUCACGGCACCAAAUAUAUUGCAUAUUUGCAUUAGUAGUACAAACGGUAACAUCCGGUUUUUAUACGACAGUAUUUCAUCCAGCGUGAAACGGUAAAAUAUUAAUGAAGUAAACAAUUUACCAAGAUAAAGUCUGACCGGUAAAAAUUAUCUAUAUUGAUAAAACGUCGAUUAUGUUAAUUGUUACUUGCGAUCUCUACCCGAAGCACUUGAUUCCUUCUUUCAUUUCGCAGUUUGUAAUAACUAAGUGGCACUUCCGAAUCUAAUUUACUGGCAUUUA